AUGGCUCUUCGAGGUGUCAGAGACCUGAGUUCAGCAACCCUUUCAGCGCUGUUGAUUUGGUUCCAGUUGGGCCGGACGGGGCUCGGAUACUCCUCCGUCCCGCUCACACAGAGGCCACUGGGCCUUGAUGUGGCGUGCCCAUUGCCAGUCGACGACAAGGCAGAAUCAUGGCGGUAUCGGAGGUCACUGUGGACACACCAACCAGAGUGCGAGCAUUCGAUGGACAGGACGGCUAGGUAUUGCGCCUACACCAACGCACAACACGGCUCGCGUGGAUGGAGCGUGGUCACCUCGCCCGAAACAGCGGCCGACAGCGUCUCUUUCCUGAGUCUCAGCCCACCGCUGAAGGCGCCUAGCCUGACAUCCGACUCGCACGGCGCGCCUUACAAGGUCGUCGAGAUGCCCGGCAAGGGAAGGGGGCUCGUUGCCGUCCGAGACAUCAAGCAGUACGAGGAGAUACUGCUCGAUUACGCGACGCUCCUGGUCGAUAUUGAGUUCACGACCAAGGUCCCGGCUGUCCUGGGGUAUCGGCUCCUGCAUGCGGCCGUCGACCGGCUGUCGGACCCGGCGAGCGUGCUGGACCUGGGCCAGAGCAACGGGUUUGCGCAGGAUGUGGUCGAGAAUGUGGUGAGAACGAAUGCGUUCCACACGAACCUGGGCGAGGUGCCGCAUCUCGCGGUGUAUCCAGCUGUGUCGCGAAUCAAUCACGCUUGCAAGCCCAAUGCCUACACCCGUUUCAUGCCCGAAACCCUCCAAGUCAGCGUCGCCGCGGCACGAGAUAUCCCCACAGGCGAAGAGAUCUCUAUCAGCUACAUACCCCUCGGCCAACCGACCCCAGAGCGUCAGCGCAGGCUCCACAAAUGGGGCUUCACCUGCACGUGCAGCCUCUGCAGCGCGCCAGAAGCCGAGCGCGAAGCGUCGGACGCGCGCCGCCGCGAAAUCGAGAGGCUCCGCGACGACGCGGUGCGCGCGUUCCAGGCCGGGAGGCCGUACACGGCGCUGCGGCUCACCAAGCAAGUGCUUGCGCUGCUCCCCGCCGAGGGGCUGUUUCCGCUGUACAGCGAGCAAUAUGAGAACAUGGCGCGCAUCUUUUAUGUGGUGAGGGAUAUGGAGAACGCGGAGAGGUAUGCGAAUAUGUCGUUGGGGGUGUUGAGGGAGCAGGGGUAUGUUGGGGAGGUGGGAAGGGAGAUGGUGGAGGGGAUGUGGAGGCGGUUCGAAGACGAGGAAGGGGGGAGGUAUUGA